AUGUUAUUCUUAUUUAUUGAAGGUAAGUCCUGAAUAUUUUCAUGUCCUCUUUCGACCUAAUACUACCUCCUUUGAUAUCCAGCUGCAAAUAAUUUGUUUGAAGUAAUUUAUCAGUGAGGUGUUUUCAAAAUAUACAUUUUGUACCUUUCUGAGCUUUAGCUUACUACUUAGAUGCACAUGCAGUGACUAGACGUUAUAGUCAAACAAACAUUAUGAUGAAAAUGCAGUCUCUAUAUUAUGAUGAUUUAAAUGGUAAUAACCAAUGACGAUCUGUCUUUUUGGCCACCGUUUUGCAAUCGCGCUAUUCUAAUUAAGGUUAUUAGCUUCGUAGCUCACGUUUAGUCAGUUUUAGUUUUUCGCUCAUGAUCCAGCUUGAGAAACUGAAACAAAUCUAUUCGAACAACAAUAACCAUAGGGUUUAGGUCCACAGUGGAUACUACUGAGAUGAAUUGAGAUGUAUACGAUUAAGUGGCAGUGUAUUCUAUAGUUUUAUGGGUUUAAGGAACGUUCAUUUGUAUUUGAUAGUGGAAAGCAGAUAGUACCUCGUUUUCCUUCGCGACUGGUGCAGUGGUACGAAUAGAAAUUAGAUUUAAAGUCAUCAAACAAAUGGAAAGAUUACUUUGGAUCAGAUGAUGACCUUGAUGAAGAACUAGUAAUUUUGUCCACCAUUCUUUCAUUUUUGAAAGUCUGUUAAUUCUCCCUGUAACUAUGGUGCAGGCAAACCAUGCACCUGUCCAAAAAUUGGGACAGAAAUAGAUUAUGCCCAUAGCAACUGAAAUUUUCUUUACUUAGUGAGAAACUUUAAUGGUCUGCAUAAAAAUUGUUUAGUUUCCGGGCCUGAAAAGGUGAAAAUUGUUGAAGCACCAGCAGUCUACAGAUCUGGACAAAUGUGAGUUUACUCUUAGACUAACAAAGCUUAACCAUUGCAAGAUGACGUAAUGAUGAAUGACAUAAGGACAUUAUUUGAAAGCAGGAAUUAAUGUAUUUACCCAUACACUGGUUAAAGUACAGUAUCAGUUUGAACAAUGGCUUACUAAUGACUGAUAACCGCAAAAUAAUGAAAAACAAACAAGGGCAUUGUUGGACAAAAGGGAAGAACUUUUUGUAUUUAACUCUGUUUCACACAUUGUUGGUCAACUGGGAAAUGUCAGUUGUGCAUAAUAAAACUGAUUUAUAUUAUCUAAAUUAGCUCAAAUAUCAUGGUAUUAAGUUGGUUCACAGAUUUCUUGGGUUCUGUUAAUUUGGUUUUUAUUAAAGGCAUAUGUACCUAUAAUCAUAUGAGUUGCACCUUAUAGUAUACAGAUAGUGAUAAAAUCAACAAAAACAGAUGAUAAUGUGAUGAUCAUAUUAUUGUUAGAUUCUGUUAAUUAAUGAUCAUAAUGAUAAUUAUAAUAAUAAUAAUAAUAGUGAUAAUGAUAACAAUCAUUAUGAUAAUGAUGAUAAUAAUAAUAUUAAUAGUUAUAUAUCAAUACUCUUGCUUGCAGUCUGCAUGUGCAUUUGAUACAUCGUUUGCUUUUUGCUUUGUCAGGAGUAAUAGUUAUCAGCCUGCUAGACAUAUAUCUCAAAGUGAAACUAAGGUAUUACUGUUUAACUUGCUCAAGUAUUCUGAUAGUACUAUUGAUAGAGGCCUUAUGUUUUUCAUUUAUCAUAUGUUUCAUGGAUUCUAAUCAUUUUUGUGUUUACCUUAUAGCUUGCUGCCAGAGUAAAACCUAGUACUGUGUCAGGUAAACAAAGCACUUUUUUUAAUAUAAGAAUUCUUUCCAACUAAAUGUAUCUAAAAAUGGAAUCAUAUUUUCUCUUUGCAGUCUUGGUUAGAAUGCUAGGCACAAUGAUGGGUAGUUACUGGAAUUACUGUAACUGUGAAACUCAGAAAACUGAGAACACUUUGAUUCCAUUCUGAUAGGUCAAUUGUAUCCUGGUCACUCAGAAUUAAGUCUAGAACACCCAAGGAAAUCUGUUUCUGUUACUGUAGUUAUUGUAGUUACUGUUACUGUUUGCAGUUCAGUUGCCUUAUGCCUGAGUAGCUUUUUUCUUUAAAAAGCAAUAAUUUUCCACAAGUACUUCUGGUGUGCUCGGUUUCUGAGCUUCACAGUAAGUGUUCCAAGGAACUGCUGGGAUUUUAAGGUGUCUAUGACUUUUCAGCCACUCAACAUUAAUAUGCAUUUUGAUUGAUGUUUUGACCAUUCCAAUUAACUAUUAACUUCCAAGAAUGCCUGAAAGAUGGUGUCGUGAUAUAUGAUAGACUAUUAAAUCUGUGAAAAACAGAGAAAGUUAAGGUCACCAGCUAGAGCAAGUUUUACAACUGAAAUAAUUUUUGAAUUAUGAUAGUUCAAAAAGGAAUUAUGGCACCUCUUGCCUUAAUAAAAUGUCCACUUGUAUUCAAAAUUAAACUUUUUGUGCCUUGCAGGUCCACCACAUCUCCAAGUAUUGGCUGGAAAAUGCUUUACAUUGAUACAUAAUGGGUAAGAUGUGAGUCAUAAUUGUGUGUUAAAUCAUGAGAACUUUCAGAUGACGUGUUGUGAAACAUUAUUUUUGGAGUAUGAUUGGCUGAGUGAAGUACAUCUUUUAAAUGAUCUGCAACAUUUGAUUUUCAUGUAUUAUUGCCUCUUCCUUCUGUCCACUGUAAAUAUUUCAUAAACUUGAUUUACUAUGUUUGAUCAUGACGAUUGUAAUAGACUAUAAUUAUUUGAUCAAACAGAAGUUGCACAGAGCCACCACUAUAUCAAGGUCACAUAACAAAAUUAAAUCAAUCAUGUGAUAUAGCAGGCUCUUUGAACUGUCACAAGAUGUUAUACUAAUAUUUGUGUGGGUAUAAAGGUUUUUUUUAAUUGCAUUAAAAAGUAAUUGAACAGUAUUAACUUUAUAGAAAUACUUACAUGUGUCAUGGUGUGUACUGUAGUACUGCAGUAACGCAGUAAUGCCUAGCAACAUGUACUUUGCACCAACCUGUACAUGGGUGUCAUAUUGUUGAAUUGAACCAUUUUUGUCUAAAAAGAUAUCUGCUAUGUGAUCAUUAAUUCAGAUCAUGUAAUAGUAGCCUUCAACACUGAUAAAAUGUGUCUUUUAGGUACAAGUAUGAGUUUUGUCCAUUCCACAAUGUGACACAAAAGGAACAGACAGUAAGAUGGAAUGCAUUUUCUGGAGUUUUGGGGUGAGGCAUUUCUACUUUAAUCAGUAAUCAUGUAUAAUUUGAAUAUGAAACCGAUCUUUACAUAAUGAAUACCAUCUAUUUUAAGCAGUAGUGAAAAUUCAGGCCUGUACAGGAUUUGAACCCAUGACCUCUGCCAUGCUGGUGCAGUGCUCUACUGACUGAGCUAAGAAGCAACUGGGAGCUGGUCAUUGUAUUGUUCGUAAUGAACCCAUGAAGUGAUGAAUUACUCUAACUUUAACCCUUCAACUCCCAAGAUCUGAUGAUUAAAUCUCCCUUGUGGCUGCUAUGCAUUUGAUCAUAUGCACCUAUAAAAUGUGCAUUACAAGUAAUAAAUAUUAUUAUUAUUAUCAUUAUUGUAAAUUGUCUACCAGAAUUUUGUAUCUGAUCAAGAUCUUCUUCCAAAAAGUUUGAGUAACUCAUCACUUGUUUCUUGGACAACAUAUGAAUAUUAUAGGAAGAAGUUACAUGUUGAUUUGUUACUUCUGGGAGUAAAAAGGGCUAAAAGGACUUUUGGAUUUUUCUUAAUUAUUUAAAAAAAAAGCUCAGCAUGUUCUUAAAACACAGUCAUGUCUUUGAGUGUUUACAUAUGGUUGCCGUAAAAAAAUGUCUUGAUGAUAAUUAAAAUCAUGAGGACAGCUAUGAAAAUGAUUAAUGUACAAUAUGGUACUGAAUUAUUAAUCAAUUAGAAUUAGCAGUGGUGCAAAUCAAUAUUAUAUAGUACCCAUUCCAAAUUACUAAUUAAAAUAGCUUCAAUUAAUUUACAAAUUAAAUUAAAAAUUAAUUUAUUAAUAAAGUGAGUUUUUGAGUAAGCCCAGAUAUAAUAGACUGAUAUAAAAUUGUUGUGUAUUCUGAGUAUUGACAAAAGUAUUUGCAAUCCCACCAAAAUUGUUCUAGGAAAGAUUAGAAGCAUGCAACUGCCAUGGUUGAUUAUUUUUUAACAGUGUCUGGAAAGAAUGGGUCAUUGUGAACAACACAUUUGAAGCCAUGCUGUUAGCUAAUGGUGACAUGUGUCCUGGUGAGAAACCAAGACAGACAAAGGUGUACUUUGAACUCCUCAGAUUUUUUUCUGAUUAUUAUAUCUUUUGAUAAUUAUAUGUGAGGUGCUUUCUAUUAGUAUGAAUAGCCAUCAGAUUUUAUCUGCAAACACACUAGCCUAGCGAAACUAUAUGCAAAAAAAUCAAUUCACUUCAAGUAUAGGUAAUAACAUGAUUCUGAGUAUAAUUUGGUGUUAAUAAGCACAAGUUAAUUUUUCAAAGACAACAAAUCAGAAGUGCAUAAUUUUUCCAUGUACAUUUUUACAGGAAUAAACACAUUGAAGCAAAUUUGCAUAAUUAGCAUGAGAUUAAUGUCACUGAUCCUUUAAAAUAAAAUUUCUAAUGUCACAACCUCGUUAAUGGUGCAACCAAUUUGUGUACUUAACCAGUGAUACUUUUGCUGCCUCCUGUGUCAGUUUUUCUAUUGCAAAAUUUUUUUUAGACAUAGUUUGAUGCUCAUUUAUCGUUAAUUUGUGUGCUCCUUCCAGUUGAAUUAUUUGUGGAAAGGGUCAGUAAAGACAAUUGAGAAGUAUAAUUACAUAACUACUUCAAAAGAGGAAUAUAAUUGCUUCUCUCACGACGUGGGACAAACCAUAUCAUGAUACAAAUAAUUAAUAUAUUCCUCUUUUGAAGUGUUAUUUACCACAAUAACUAACCACAACCUAUUUUACAAUAUAUAUAUAAUGUUAUAUACUAAGUAUAUAGCAUUUUUCAACAAUGAAGUAUCAGUAAUAUAAUAUUGCUCCUUUUGAAAUUCUACAGGUAUUUCUUAGAUGUGGAGAUCAUAACAAGGUUAUCUCUGUAGUAGAGCCCACUAUUUGUCAUUAUGAAUUAAGAUUUGAGACACCACUGGCUUGUCCUAUAGAUGCCUUCCUAGGUAAUUAAGUUUUGUGUAAUUACAUCAGAAUAGUUGUAGUAACAUUUUGAACAUACAAACAUUUCAAUUUCAAUUUUGAUAUGAUGUGGAAUUAUGAAAAAAAAAAUCUUUGCUAUCAUCAUGAUAAGUGUGCACAUUUUACAUAUUCAUAUACAGUCUUUCAUUUCCUUUAACUGGGAAGGUAAAAAAAAUCUCAAUCAGCUUGAUCAAGGUUUUGCACAUGUAAACAUUUGAGUAUGAAAAUCUUUUUACUUUAAUGUUCUGAAACGUCAUAGUAAAGAGCCAAAAUUGUUACGUAGUAUUUAAUAUUUGUAAUAACAAUUAAUUAAAAACAAAAUGGGGCAAUGAGUGAGAUUAAUUUUUUUUAACCCUGUUUAUUUGUUUGUUUGUUUGUUUUUUCACACUGCAGCAUAAGUUAAGGUUUUAAUUUAGAGAGGAUAACAAAAACUGCAUUUUAACACUGUCUCAUUGUGUUUUUGCUACAAGUGUGCUCAUUAAGAAAUAUUUUGCGAUAGCAGAGUUUCAAGGAAAACUUCCCAAGGCAAAUUUGCUGAAAAAAGAAUGGCACUUUUAAGCCCUUAUAAAAGUUUCAUCACAGACCUCCUUUGUUAAGUGGAACAGCUACAGUAAUGUUAUACCAAUUUUAUAGACAAGGAAAAUUAUCCCUGAAGGGAUAGAGAGGGGAAGAGAGGGGAAGAGGGAGGAUGAGAGGGGAUAGAGAGGGGAAGAGGGUGGAUGGGAGGAGAUAGAGAGGAGAAGAGAGAGGAAUAUGGAGGAUGAGGGAGGUGGCAAUAUGUUAUUUUAAUUAAUGCAAUUACAUCCUUGAUUGAUGAAGUGCUUUAAUGAUUUCACUCUAUAGUUUAUCCAGUGCUAAGUGCUGAGGGCCAGAAAGAGUGGGAACAGAUUGAAGAAGCACUCUAUCGUGAAGAGCUGACUCUUCAAGGCUACAACAAGUACAGAAAAGCUCUUUUCCAAAAGGAAAACUUGAUUCCAAAUGACAGCAACAAAGAAAAAGGGAAAGAUGAAAAAGGUAGCAAAAACAGCUCAUUUGAAGGAGAUCUUAACUCACACGCUGGCAAUGACCAUAAAGGAAAGAUUGCCAGCUUUCAUUCUAAAGAAGAGUGUUCCAAGGUAUAUGUGGUCCCUAAAAUUUGAUAAUUUAACAUUUUGAAGAUAGAAUUCUGAAUCCUGGCAAUUCAACUCACUUUCUGGUCUGCAAAUUGACUAUGGUCUGGUUUGUUGAACAUUAUCACAAAUUUAGCAUGACAUCAAUCAACCAUCAGGGCUUAAUUUUUCAGUAUGCAAAAAAUGUAUUAUAGGUUCUUAUACAAAAUGGAUGUGAGAUGAUUACUAAAUUUUUUCAAGUGUAGCUCCAAUAAAUACUAUUCAAAGAAAUUUUUCAUUUAAGAAUUUUAGUUGCAAGAUUAUUUUGUCUGCUGAUAACUGAUCACUUUAUUUCUUCGUAGGCUUACAGCGAUCUUUUGGCUGAGGUACAAAAACUUAGGAAGCUCUUAAAUAUGAGCUGCUCUGGAUGCAAUGACUCUAUGGAUACCCACACAAAUGGAGCUGUCCAGUCAAACAUAGAUUUUAAAAAUAUGACAGGAGUAGCAAGUAGUAACACUGAGAGAUCUGUUAAGCAGAACCUAAAGAUGCAAGAACCUUUAAGAGGUGACAGAGAUAAACUAAAAGAACUAAGGAAAACUCUGGAAACUAAAGAGAAGAAGGGAUUCCAGUCUAUAGUAGAAAAUCUGCGAGGAGAUCUAGGAGUGAAAAAAAAUCAAUCUACAGAUUUAAGGGAAAGCAAGCAAAGGAAAUCUGAUAUGUUAAUGAAUGCCAAUGAGAGCUAGGACUUAAAAUGAAUCAGCAUGAAUCUGGAUCAGAGACAUGAUUUAACUAGAAAGUAGGCUUCUCUGACAGCUAUAUGUUCUUCCAGAUCUUAUAACAAAAGUACCAGGAUAUGGUAGUUUCGUUGUAAGAUAAAAGGAAAGUGUUGCAUCUUCAUUGGAGCUCCUAGAUGUACAUGUAAUUUUUGGAGACUGGCAUGAAGUCUAGGGUGUUCUUCCAAUCAUUCUUCUUGUACCUCCAAAAAUACUCAGGAAUGAAAUUGCUUUUUCUCAAGGUGUUUUCAAAGAUGGGAGUUACAUUGUCUUGUUUGAAAGUGAAAUGUUAGUUGGUAGGAGUAUGGCUGUAGACAUUAAACCACAGGACAGUUACAUUGCCAUUGAUGGUUUUCCUUAGUCUCUUGGAUCUCAAUAAUUUAACUUAGCCUUAGUCACUGUAAAUCUUUCUCUAUGUUGAACGAUGGUGGCAAAUCAUCAAGAUGAGUGGUUAGGAUGGCUGUUGGGAAGAGGUUUGCAAUAUUUCCUCUGUUUCAUAUGAUAUUUCAUUUGUCAGGGAAAUGUUACUUUCAUUCAGUCAAAUAAAAGAAUUUUGAAAACCAAUGUUUGUAGCAACCAAGCAUGAAGCAGUAUUUCUAUGAAAAAAUACUCCUCUUUUGUUACUCAACUGUCAAGGGAG